GCCCCUCACAUGCAUCCACCUCCUUAGAAAAAAUAUUCAAAACAAACCAAUAUGGCAGCUGCAACAACAACCACUUCUUCUUCAAUUUCCUCACUCUCAACUUCCAUAAUGCAAGAACUCUUAGUAAUCAACUUCCACUCAUCAAGAAAACUACUUCUCCACAACCCACUAUACACCACCCCACCCCUACCCACCCCACCCCCAUCCCAACAACCACCUCGGCAAAACAACACGUUCGACGCUAACGUAGUCAUGGUCCUAUCGGUGCUAUUGUGCGCCUUAAUCUGCUCACUCGGCCUCAACUCAAUCAUACGGUGCGCCCUCCGGUGCUCGAGCCUUGUGGGGUCCGCCGACUCGGCCAACAGCCCGCAGGCGGCUCAACAGUGCCAGCUGGCGAACACGGGGAUCAAGAAGAAGGCCCUCAAGACAUUCCCCACAAUAAGCUUCUCCGCGGACCUCAAGCUGCCGGGACUAGACACCGAGUGCGCCAUCUGCCUGUCGGAAUUCACAGCCGGCGAGCGCGUGAGGGUGCUCCCCAAGUGCCACCAUGGAUUCCACGUGCGCUGCAUUGACAAGUGGCUCAACUGCCACUCUUCUUGCCCUACUUGCCGCCACUGCCUCAUCGAAACCUGCAAUAAAAUCGUCGCCUCCACUACUACACCUCGUACUACCACCCAAUCAUUAGUUGUUGUUGAGGAAGUUUGUGUCAGGAUUGAACCUCUCCAUCCAGAAGGUUUGAUUCGUAAUUAUCAAACUUAAUUAGGAUUAAUUAAUUACAUAGACAUAUUUUGUAUCAUAUAGUAGAUUAAUUUUCUUUUUCUUUUUGUUGUUGUUUUUUUUUUUUUUUUUUUUACAAUUAGCUAGGGAGAGAUUGGAUCGUACGUGUAUAUUUCAAUAUGAUCAUUUUCAUUUUUUUAUUUUAAUAUUAUCAAUCUAUAUGCGCGCGUGGAUUAAUUAAUUUAUACACGCGCGUGUACAUUAAUAAUGUUGAAAUAUGAAUCGAAAUAUUAUUUGAAAUGUACGAA